AUGUCGCCACGGUCCCAUACCCCAUCCAAAAGGAGCAGACCCAAAACGGUUUCGCCCCAAGCAAGGUCGAAAGGCCUUCUCGAGACCUCAAUGCAGUGUGGGCGAAAGGAACAGAGGGUGCUCGGGCACGAAGGCAGAGAGCGUCUUGGAAAUGAUAGUGCAGAUUUGGAAUCCUCCGUCGAGAAACGGAAAAUGGCCAAGACAGAAGCGUCAGAAGUGAAUAGAGUCCACCGUAGGAUGCAUGCACCCAAUCCCGUGUUGGAUACGAUUGGAUCCCUGGCAUGCUCGGCUGGAGAGAAAGAGCGUCGAAAGAGCGAACGGCCAAAGUGCCCAGAGAAAACGGAGAUCAAGCACAAAGAUCCGAACCCGGUGCAACCCAAAUCCCUUCAUAUUCCACCCACACCUACAUCCACUGUGUCUCAACAUCGUUCGAAAGAGCAUCGUAGCUUUCUAAUGCAAAUACAGGGGCUGGAUAUCCGCGUUGCGCAAGAGGAUUUAAAGGAAAUCCAUUCUGUUCGGCUGGCCGCCGACUCCUCUGGCUGCGUCACGAGAACGGCUACAGUAGGGUUUGGACAUUUGGAGGAUGCACAGAGAGCUGUGCGCAAUUUAGAUGGGCGAACUGUUGACGGACGGAUCGUCAGUGCUACCCUGUUAGACGUAUCCUCAUCAGGUAGUAGCGCAUCCUGUCCUUCAACGACCUCCGACCCUGCCGCCAUAGCGGACAUGCCUUCCCCACAUACCCGCGCUCCUCCUCCUUCCACUACCGUGGACAUCUACCCGAAAAUCCCGUCAGUCGGCACCUCACAAAACAGCCAAAAAUCCAUUACAUCCAAGUGGCUUUCCUUUGUCGACAAGAGCACAUACACCCCGCAUCCAGCUCUUGAAAAAGAUACGAUAGGAACAGGUGACCUCCAUCGAAAAGGAAAUAACUUUCAACCACAUCCAGAGCAAAGAAAGGCAAAGGAUGAUGAAAGCCAUCAUCAUCGACACCGUCGGCCGGGAAGGAAAAAUGGGCACAAGAGACGGAUGACCGAUUCGGAUAUGCAAUAUUACCGUCCACCUCGACGCCCUGAGAUUGUGGAUGAUCGGCAUUACCGUCCGUCGAAAAUCUACGUGAACCCACAUAUACGACAUUACCAUCCACUUGAAAGCUGGGACAUGCGAGCUCAUCGAAAACCAAGCGACUACUUCACUGAAUAUAGUCCUCUACAAAGACAAUAUGCCCCUUAUCCCUACCCGGACGUUGUCCAUGGUAAACAAGCUACAGGGAUGCUUGAAGAUUUGAGGGAACCGUGCACCACAACACGGACGUCCAAAAAACUAACCAGAAAACAAGUCAAAUUCAAACUGGACCAAGAGCUGGAAGAUUACUGGAUGGAGAUUGGUAGAUGCAUUAAAGAGUAA